ACAACUUCUCGAUCUGCGGCACUCCAUUUAUCAUACGGGACACCAGCCUUUGGGACAAUGGCGUUCCAACAACCUAAACUAAACGAAGACGUGACCAAGGGGCGUUUUAAGGGACAUGUCGCGGUCGUCACCGGUGGAGCGUCCGGUAUCGCCAGGGAGUGCGUCCGGCGGUUCGCUAACGACGGGGCAUCGGUGGCCUUUUUCGAUAUCAACAGAGAAGAAGGUGUUAAGUACGAGGAAGAAUUACGAAGUGAGGGGUAUGACGUCACGUUCUUUGACGUCGACGUCACUGAUAAAGAACGAUGCAUGACGACAGUGGAGACCAUUGCACAGCAGCACGGUGGCAGUGUCAAUUACUUGGUCAACUGUGCUGUGCAGUUUGUAUUUAUAGGUUUAGAGGCAAAAGACGCCGACUGGGAGAAAGCACUUCCCGUCAAUGUGGCUGGUUACGCCAAUAUGGUGCAGGCAUGUCACCCUCACAUGAAGAAAGGUACGUAAAAAUUACCUGAUGUUGACAUGGCAACAAGAUGUAAAAGCUUACGAUU